ACAAAAUUUAAAAGUUCUCAGCCGGCCCUCAAGUCGGCAAGUCUUGGCUCUUUGCCUCCAUUCUUUCCCCGAACUGAACAGAAAGUCAAGCAUGUCAAACAACAAAGAUGAAGGCGCAGCCGCUCAGGAUGCCGCAGAAAGGAUCAAAGCAGCUGCAUUAUCAGCUGCCAAGGGUCUCAGCCGCGCCCAGGCCGAGCGGGCGGCUGCUGCGGCUGCCCGGAAUGUGAAUGCCUACGGACAGAAGGAAGAAGGGCCGAGCAGAUGGCAAGAAAGGAAGGAAGCCAAGAGGCAAAUGUAUUUGAUGAGCACAGAGAAACAGGUGCGACUCGGCGAAAGGAAGGAUCCCAAGAGCUCAUCUCUGGUCCUCAACAUGGCUUCCCAAUGCCAGAAGUGCUUCCAAAUGGGGCAUUGGACUUACGAGUGUAAGAACGAGAGGGUUUACAUCUCCAGGCCGUCGCGUACUCAGCAACUCAAAAACCCGAAGCUCCGGAUGAAGCCCACCACUCCAUAUGAGCUCGACAAUCCAGAAGCCCGCCUGGUGGAAGGAAAUGAAAAGCCCGAAAAGAAGAGUAAGAGUAAGAAGAAACACAAAUCUGACCGCAGGUCUUCUAAGAAAGACAGUGAAGAUUCCGAUUCUGAAUCCGACAGCAGUGAAUCCUCUGGCGACAAUUCCUCUUCAGAAGACAGCGAAUCGAGCUAUAGUUCAUCUACUGACUCUGAAGAGGAGCGGAGGAGAAAGAGGAAGAACAGAAAGAAGAAACAAAGGAAGAGGAGGCAUGCGAGAGACAGCAUGUCUUCUUCCUCGGAUUCUUCUGAAUCGUACUCAGAUUCCGAAUCCGAUUCCGAGGAUAAAAAGGGGAGCAGCAGGAGAAAGGGAAAGAGCAAGAGGCAGCAUAGCAGAAGGCGUUGAGGAUUUACAGUCGAACUUUAUAAGGUGAGUUCUUGCAUUCUUGGUUAUGAACUUACGUAGUAAUGUGAAUUUUAUGCAGAAUCUGUCUGUACUCUCAACUCAUCGAAUCGAGCAUAGGAAUCCCAAUUCUGAUGAUGAAUCAAUUUGAUCUUUUUAAGUUUUGUGUAUACCUGUUCUUUUCCAUUGAAAUUUUAUCUUA